AUGGCCGUCGGCUUUGUGGUCGAGAUUAACAAAAAGUAUGCAGUUGGAGUGCUGGAUAAAAUUAAAGACCUUCCCCCAGAAAUAGUGAAUCUGACUUAUGCUGGCUACAUUCUGUUUGCUGCCGGGGCCUUAAUCAUCUUCAUUGGCAUCCUGGGCUGCUGUAGCACAUACUGCAGGAAUAAGUGCGUGCUCAUGACUUUUUCCCUCAUCCUCCUCAUUGUUAUUGUGGCGGAGAUCACCGUACUAGUACUCAUUCUGUUUUACGAGCCUAAGGUGGCGAAAAUGCUGGAUACAAUUAGAGAAAAAGUUGCUAAGAACAUCAAGGAUAGCUACGGUCUAAACAACGACGUCACCAAUGCCUGGGAUGAGACGAUGUAUAUGUUUCAAUGCUGUGGGUACAACAACUACACCGACUUCACUGGCUCCGCAUUUGUAAGCAUGAUCUCACAGUACCCCCAGUUCUGCUGUUUUACAAAAUCUGUACAGUGCGAUCUUGCAGGAGCAAAGUCAGAGCAUGUGGAUGGCUGUUUUGUUGCUGUGGUGAAUUUCGUGAAGCAUAACUCUAUUAUCAUAGUGGUCUUGGCUAGUUGUGCCUUUGCUUUUCAGGUUGGUGCAAUGAUCUUAGCUUUUAUCUUGUGUAAGAUGUGA